AAAAAACACGGUCGUAAGUCUAGUGGUCGUAAGUCAAGCAGGUCGUAAGUCGGAUGGUUAGAGAGCCAGAAAAUGUAAAUGAAGCACUGAGAUGCAGGGAGAAGCGAUGUAGCAGAGUGGAAAUUUCUACUCCCCUCUUGUUGAUUUAUGUGUAGAGGAACCGUUUUCACAAGUGUUGAAAAUAAUCAAGACUACCCUGGAUACGAUGGAGCGUAUUGACACUGCAGAACACGAGGAGCAACGAGUAGAACGGGAAAUAAGCGAGAGAGAAUCAGAGGAAAACCAGGCAGCACAGAAUGGUGUAACAGAUGACAAGGAAACUUUGCAAAGAAAACUAGAGCAAUUGCAAGCGUUGUAUGAGAAUACAAAACAUGAACUGGAUUCCACACGAGAGGCACUUGGCAAGAUUCAGUCAAGUCAACCUGGGGCCUCAAGUAGCAGUGUUGAGACCAAGGAGAGAAGUUCUGAAACUCACAGCCAAGACACUGCCGAACAAGAAGCAAAAGCGACGUCAACACGGAGGACUACCUUCAAGAUAUUUGUUGGGAACCUCAGUGAUUAUGCCACGAGCUCGGAUAUCCGAAACCUCUUUGAAAUAUACGGUACAGUAGAAGAAGCUGAUGUGUUGAAAAACUACGGUUUUGUGCACAUGAAGAGCGAAGAUGAGGGUGAAGCAGCUAUCAGAGCGCUGGAUGGCUAUAUGCUUCAUGGCAAGCCCUUGGAUGUUAAGGCAUCUACUGGCAUCAGGAAGGGAGCAGUUGACCAAGGUGGUGGGCUAGCUAACACUGAGUCAUCUGGACAGAAAAACACAUUCAAGAUAUUUGUAGGAAACCUCAGUGAUUUUGCCACGAGUGCGGAUAUCCGAGAAAUAUUUGAAAAUUACGGCACAGUGGUGGAAGCAGAUGUUAUGAAAAACUAUGGUUUUGUGCACAUGAAAAAUGAAGAGGAAGGCCAGGCAGCUAUCAAAGCACUGAAUGGUCACAGGCUUCGUGGGAAGUGGACGCCCGGUUUACGAUCAGCUCCCAAUGCGACCAAUUAUCCAAUGGUUGCAGAGGCAUCUACUGGUACUAGGAAAAGUGGGUAUCGAAUGCCAAAGAUCUUUGUUGGCAACUUAAGUAGGCACUGCACACGAGACGAGCUUAAAAAUAUGUUUGAAGAGUAUGGCAAGGUGGUAGAGAUUGGUAUGCUAACCAACUUUGCAUUUGUUCACAUGAGUGAUGAAUCUGACGCCCAGAAAGCAAUCAGGGAGUUGGAUGGACACGAGAUGCACGGAUUACGUUUGACAGUCCAAAAGGCCACCUCCCGUGGCAGGCAGCAAUAUGGUAUGGGAUAUCCAGACAUGGGUUCUCGCUAUUUACCUGGAGCCCCAUUGGUGGAGUCUUGA